CGUCUGGCUGGAAUGCCGGCUUAUGCAUUCUACCGAGAAGCCCCGUGGAAUGUACGCUCGUGGCAGUUAGAGCCAACAAGACAUUUAAAUGAACUUAUCGCUCCUUCCAAAGGCUUUGGGAGAAUACCGAGAUAGGCGAUAUAAGAAGGUAGCAUUCAUUCCACGAUAUCGCGGGCGCACCUUCAUCACCACAACCAAAUCUACACACCCCAUAAUACUUCUUUCGUCUUUUACUGUAGCAGUACCAACCUAUCCUGCACUGCAAAAACUUCCAAAAUGGUGCUCCCCUACUUCACCGCCCUCGUCUUCGGCACCAUGCUCCCGGGCCUCAACCUAACCCAAUACGCCGACCACUACGACAACGUCCACAUCCCACUCGUCAAGUCACUCACGGGCUCAAACUUCCCCGUUAUCCACACACGAUACUACGUUGGCGGUAGCCCUGCCUUUGUAAACGCCAGCUCUCCCGUCGACUACGACUCCAUGGCAACCAUGCAGUUUCGAGACAUGACGCAUGCGUUGACAUUCAUGAGCAUCAUCAGCGCACCGGAGGCGGCGAAGAAGAUUGCGGAGGACGAACAUUUGUUUAUGGCGAGUGCACCGAGGACGGUGAUUGUGGGGACGGAUGGGAGUGUGACAGGGCCGUAGCUGGUGCGGAAUGAACGUGAAUGAUGUAUCGUGGCCAUGAUUAGGAUUUAAAAUACUGAAUCA